UGAAAAAUUCGCCAAUAAUUAGAAAACAUCCCUUAUUUUGACAUUUCCAUUUUUUUGACACAUCUUAUAACCUAAAAUUCAAGCAAUCAUAACCUAAAAGUCGAGAAACUCGUGUCAAGUUUAAGAGAUUUUUUAAAACAAAGUGCAAAAAGAAAAAAGAGGAGACUUAAUUGAAGAAAAUAUAGAAUUUGUUCCACAUAAUUUAUUCAAGAAAGUUAGAAAAUGAUAACAGAGAACAGUGAUUUAAAUACUUCUUCUUCGUGUUCUGAAAUAAUCGAUGACAUUGAGGACCUUAUAUCAGCCCAAGAUUUAACUCCUAAAGAAAGAUACAGUUCGCGUAAAAAUAUUAAAAUAAAAGCUAAAAAAAAGGACAGACACAUUGAAAAUGUGGAGCCAGUUAGCGGUGACAAUAUUCCUGGGACUCAGAAAAUUUACAUCAAAACAUGGGGCUGUGCUCACAACAGCUCAGACACUGAGUACAUGGCUGGUCAGUUGUCUGCGUAUGGUUACAAAUUGACCGAAAAUAAAAAAGAGGCUGAUCUUUGGCUACUCAACAGUUGCACAGUCAAAAACCCAGCUGAGGAUCACUUUAGAAAUCAAAUCCAAGAAGCCAAAGAACUAGGAAAGUGCAUUGUUGUGGCGGGAUGUGUCCCCCAAGGCGCUCCAAAAGCUUCCUUCAUUCAAGGCCUUAGCAUUAUUGGUGUGCAACAAAUAGACAGAGUUGUGGAAGUUGUUGAAGAGACUUUGAAAGGAAACACUGUCAAGUUAUUAGGAACAAAAAAAGAACACGGCAAAAAAGUUGGGGGUGCUUCUUUAUUGUUGCCCAAAGUUAGGAGAAAUCCCUUGAUUGAAAUCAUUGCCAUCAAUACAGGGUGUUUAAAUCAGUGUACUUACUGUAAAACUAAACAUGCCAGAGGUGAAUUGGGGAGUUAUCCGCCUGAGGAAAUUGUCGAAAGGGCGAAACAAGCAUUUGAAGAGGGCGUUGUUGAGAUAUGGCUUACCUCGGAAGAUACAGGCACAUAUGGAAGGGAUAUUGGGACUUCACUACCUGAGCUUCUCUGGAAACUAGUGGAAGUAAUUCCUGAAGGUUGUCGCUUAAGAUUGGGCAUGACCAACCCCCCCUACAUCCUAGAACACCUAUCAGAAGUGGCAAAAAUAAUGAACCAUCCCCGUGUUUACAGCUUUCUCCACGUUCCUGUCCAGUCCGGAAGCGAUCAAGUCCUCUCAGACAUGAAACGAGAAUACUUCAGAAAAGAUUUUGAACACGUUGUUGAUUUCCUACAGUCGCAAAUCCCAGGCAUGACGAUUGCCACUGAUAUAAUUUGCGGCUUUCCCACAGAAACUGAAACAGAUUUUGAGGACACUCUAUCUCUUUGUGAAAAAUACAAGUUUCCUAGUUUAUUUAUCAAUCAGUUCUUCCCAAGGCCUGGGACGCCGGCGGCUCUACUUCCGAGAAUACCAGCGCAAGAAGUGAAAGGCAGAACUAAACGAUUGACAGAUUUAUUUUAUUCUUAUCACCCAUAUGAUAAGAAAGUUGGGGAAGUACAGGAGGUGCUUGUAACUGAAGUGUCUCACGAUAGGAAACAUUAUGUGGGGCAUAACAAAUUUUACGAGCAAGUUUUGGUACCCAAAGAUGAAAAAUACAUGGGGAAACUUGUCACUGUUAAAAUUGUCACUGCAACAAAAUUUUCAAUGACUGGGGAACCCUUAAGCCAAGUCAUGCCUGGAAUUGCCAAGCCCUUGCAGCAAGGCCAAGUUUCCGGGGUUAAAUUGAAGAAAACGGACGAUGUUAGGGUGCUAAUUACCCUAAUUGUGCUAGGAAUGUCGAUUAUUUUUAGAUUUUUGUGGAUGAUACUUUAGUCAUUUCAUGAAGAAACUUUAUUAUUACAGCAAGUAAUAAAUUAUUCUUUUCGAAAGAA